UGGAUUGCUCCUCUCUCCAGUUCUUUUCUCUCUCCUCCGUCUUGCUCUCCUUCCUUUCCGCCCUUUCCCACUGUUCUCGAGCGUCCAACUCCGUCUGUCUCCCUUCCUUUCCGCUUCUACCUUAAUCGUGCAUCCCUCUCUGUGCCUUUCUCCCUCCGACUUAUCUCCAGUGGUGCGGCGUGCCCUGAGAAAUUUGUUACAAACGUGGAACUCGACCCUUUGCACAUAUCUGAGCCAUCAAGCCUUUUAGUUAGGGGGACGGGAAUCAGAAGAAAAAGCACGAUACAAGGGCAAUUACAGACAGUACCUGUUCUGGUCUGGUCAAGGUCCGUACCCAGUUAGGCUGUUUCUGCUACAGUCCCCCACUCUAACGGUAGGGCGAGAUACUUCCGCCGCCAUGCUCCCUCCAAGUACCUCCGAUACGUACAUUUGCCUACCCCUGCGCCAUUGCACAGAGUGAGAGCGGGAGUGAGAUCCAUGAGGUGAGGUGAGGUACUUUAUCCAAGCGUGGAUAACUUCCAUGUCUUGUCUCUCCUCUCCCCCCUCUCAGUCUUCUCCGAGUCCUCCCCCCCGUGCCUCACAAACCCGUCCUGGCCGUCUAAAUGGCCGAAGCACUGUCCAAUUCAUCUACUGCUAUGCCGCCUGCAUUCUGCACAAACUGACUGCGCGCACCGCUGCUCCCAGACACUGAAGGGGUUGACUCGAGGUACCUUACCUUCGCCUACCUACCUACCCACCCACCCCCGUCUGCCCCGGUACCCAGCUGUACUCUGCACUCUGCACUCUGCACUCCCCUCCCCCCUUCACAGCGGGUUUAUGGACAACGCUGUCAUCAAACACCGCGACAGCGCCUCCCGGCCCCUUCAGCCAAAAUAAUUCUUGCCCCCUUCCGACCACUCCCUUUCAAUUCUGCUACUCCCUCGCACGAACCACACAUCUCGCCCAAGUUCCAGCCAACACCACCACAACACAACCUCGGACGGACAUCGACGACAACGACGACGACGUUACGCUGAACACUCACGGUCGCUCGUUUUCCCUCUCACAAUUCAUUCAACAAUAACAGUCUGCUUUACUUCGACCUCCGCAAUCGAUUACCCCGUCCUGGAAUACCACGCAACACAUCGUCUCCCUUCCCCGUCUGGGACCAACGUUGCGGCCGGACGUGGCCAUACUGGAGGACCACUCGGGUUGAUCGGGCUGCUCGCCCGUAUACCAAGAGACCACGAUGGCGCCCACGAACGAAGAAGGGCCCAACGCGGCCCUUGAUCCUGCUAACGAUCCCGCCAACGAUCCCGAGGGUCCCGCGCUGACAACAUUGAGGACGAGAUGGGCUACCCGCAAGAUGACGAUAAAGAGCAGCAACAAGAAGAGGCUUUCCAUCAUGCACCGCGCCGGCCACAAGAAACAUAACAGCGAGAAGAGUCGUAACUCCGGCGGCACUGAAUCUUUACAAACCGAGGCCAACACGGCCACUGAUCCCGAGGAAGGAAAUGGUGGCAGGAAAAUGUUCUUCAACCUCCCUUUGCCCGCGGAGCUUCUAGACGAGGAAGGUCACCCAAGUCAGCAUUUUCCGAGAAACAAGAUCCGCACAGCAAAGUAUACGCCCAUAAGUUUCGUUCCCAAGAACUUGUGGUUUCAAUUCCAGAAUAUCGCAAACAUCUUUUUCCUUUUCCUCGUCAUCCUGGUGUUCUUCCCCAUUUUCGGCGGUACGAAUCCAGGUCUCAACUCGGUACCUUUGAUUUUCAUCGUCACUGUCACGGCAAUCAAGGAUGCCAUCGAAGAUUACCGUCGCACCAUUUUGGAUAUCGAGCUCAACAACGCCCCCGUUCAUCGUCUGCGCGGCUGGAACAACGUCAACGUCGAGGAUGAUAACAUUUCUCUGUGGAGGCGCAUUAAGAAGGCCAACAGUCGCUUCUUUGGCCUUGUCUGGCACACAAUCGAAAGCAUUUGGUCCAAGAAGGCUAGGAAUGAAUUGGCAGUGCGCAAGAACCCAGAAGCGUACGCCGAUGCGCCGCGACCCUCGGUUGAGACCCACAUCCCUCGAGACUCCUUCAACCAACCCCGAUCCAAUCGAGACUCGUUUGUAUCCGCCCGAGAGGAUAUCCAGAUGACGCCGGUUCCCUCUCCACUUCCCCGUCAGACUCUCGAGGUCCCGCAAGAAGACGACCACAAGCGCGUCAGAGAGUUGAUGCAACGAAAGGGAGACGUGGUGAACCGCAGUGCACCGGUCAAAGGUGACGCCCGAUUUCACAAGGAUCACUGGAAAGACUUGAGAGUUGGCGACUUUGUGCGGAUUUAUAACGACGACGAGCUGCCAGCUGACAUUAUCGUACUGUCCACAUCUGACCCAGAUGGCGCCUGCUACGUCGAAACCAAAAACUUGGACGGCGAGACGAAUUUGAAGGUCCGACAAGCACUGAGGUGUGGUAGAUCACUGAAGCAUGCCAGGGACUGCGAACGAGCCCAGUUCUGGAUCGAGAGUGAACCGCCGCAGCCCAAUCUCUACAAGUAUAACGGUGCCAUUCGUUGGCAUCAAACCUUCGAAGACUCAUCCGAGCCCGACUUGAUGACCGAGCCCAUUACGAUCGACAACUUGCUUCUCCGUGGCUGCAACCUGAGGAACACGGAAUGGGCCCUUGGAGUCGUCGCCUUCACGGGACAUGACACCAAAAUCAUGAUCAACUCUGGUAUCACGCCCAGUAAGCGUCCCAGAAUCGCCAGGGAAAUGAACUUCAAUGUUAUUUACAACUUCGGCAUUCUCUUCAUUCUCUGCGUCUUGACCGGCAUCGUCAACGGUGUCGCAUGGGCGAAAACGGACGCAUCUUUACACUUCUUUGACUUUGGGUCUAUCGGAGGAACGGCACCCAUGUCCGGCUUCAUCACAUUCUGGGCCGCUCUUAUUGUGUUCCAGAACUUGAUUCCCAUUGCUCUCUACAUCACUCUCGAAAUUGUCCGCCUUCUGCAGGCGAUUUUCAUCUACAGCGACGUUGAGAUGUACUACGAACCCCUGGACCAACCCUGUAUUCCAAAGUCGUGGAAUAUUUCCGACGACCUUGGCCAGAUCGAGUAUAUCUUCUCCGACAAGACCGGUACACUGACACAAAACGUCAUGGAGUUCAAGAAAGCAACUAUCAAUGGACAGCCGUAUGGCGAAGCGUACACGGAGGCUCAAGCUGGCAUGCAGAAACGCCUCGGUGUUGACGUGGAGAAGGAGGCAGCCGAAGCCAGAGCCGAAAUUGCGGAUGCCAAAAUACGUGCGCUCGACGGUCUCAGGAAUAUUCACGACAACCCUUACUUGCAUGACUCCGACCUGACUUUCAUUGCGCCUGACUAUGUCUCUGACUUGGCGGGUGACUCUGGUGAUGAACAGCAAGUGGCGAAUGAGCACUUCAUGCUCUGCCUCGCCCUGUGCCAUACCGUCAUCGCCGAGAAGAUACCCGGAUCUCCGCCAAAGAUGCUGUUCAAGGCACAAUCACCUGACGAGGCGGCCCUUGUCGCAACAGCCCGCGACAUGGGUUUCACGGUGCUUGGCAGCUCUCAGGAGGGCAUCAACCUGAAUGUGAUGGGUGAGGAUCGGUUCUACCCGAUAUUGAACACAAUCGAGUUCAACUCGAGCAGAAAACGUAUGAGCGCAAUUGUACGGAUGCCUGACAACCGUAUUCUGCUCAUCUGCAAGGGAGCGGACAGUAUCAUCUAUUCGCGUCUGAAGCGGGGCGAGCAGCAAGAGCUUCGCAAACUUACCGCAGAGCACUUGGAAAUGUUUGCCCGCGAAGGUUUGAGAACGCUCUGUAUUGCACAGCGAGAACUCACCGAGGACCAAUACGCCACCUGGCGCAAGGAGUACGACGCGGCCGCAGCGGCUCUUGAACAUCGAGAAGAGAAGAUGGAGGAGGUCGCAGAUCACCUUGAGCGCGAAUUGACACUACUUGGAGGCACCGCUAUCGAAGACAGACUGCAAGAUGGUGUUCCCGAUACCAUCGCUCUGCUGGGCGACGCUGGCAUCAAGCUUUGGGUUCUCACUGGCGACAAGGUCGAGACUGCUAUCAACAUUGGUUUCUCCUGCAACCUUCUGAACAACGACAUGGAGCUUAUCCACCUGAAAGUUGACGAAGACGAAACUGGCGAGACACCGGACGAACAUUUCCUCAACAUCUUGGAGCAGGAGCUCGACAAGUACUUACAGGACUUCGGCCUGAAGGGCGACGACGACGACUUGGCCAAGGCCAGGAAGAACCACGAACCACCUGGCCCUACCCACGGCCUGGUCAUUGACGGUUUCUCUUUGAAGUGGGUUCUCCACGAUGCUUUGAAGCAGAAGUUCCUGCUUCUCUGCAAGCAGUGCAAGUCGGUUCUUUGCUGCCGAGUCAGUCCUGCUCAGAAGGCCGCCGUAGUCAACAUGGUGAAGAACGGUUUGGAUGUCAUGACUCUCGCCAUUGGAGACGGCGCCAACGAUGUUGCCAUGAUUCAAGAGGCAGAUGUCGGCGUUGGUAUCGCAGGUGAGGAGGGUCGACAAGCGGUCAUGUCUUCAGACUACGCGAUCGCUCAGUUCCGCUUCCUAUCGCGGCUAGUGCUCGUACACGGUCGAUGGUCGUACCGUCGUCUCGCCGAGACGGUUGCCAACUUCUUCUACAAGAACGUUGUGUGGGUGUUUGGUAUCUUCUGGUACCAAAUUUACUGCGACUUCGACGUUACGUAUAUCUACGAGUACACGUACAUCUUAUUGUUCAACCUCCUUUUCACUUCGGUUCCGGUGGUCGUUAUGGGUGUUCUUGACCAGGAUGUUUCGGACAAGGUCUCUCUGGCUGUACCGCAGCUUUAUCGCCGUGGUAUCGAACGGUUGGAAUGGACACAGACCAAAUUCUGGCUUUACAUGCUUGACGGCGUCUACCAAUCGGUCAUGGUCUUUUACAUUCCGUACUUGGCAGUGAGCAGCACGAGCUUCGUGACGAAGAACGGUCUGAAUAUUGAAGACCGAACGCGACUUGGCGCUUACAUUGCACACCCCGCUGUCUUCGUCAUCAACGCGUAUAUCCUCAUCAACACGUACCGGUGGGACUGGAUCAUGAUCUUGAUUGUAGUCCUCAGCGACCUUAUGAUUUUCAUCGUUACCGGCAUCUACACAGCCACCGAAGGGUCAGUGUUCUUCUAUCAAGCCGCCCCGCAGGUAUACGCCCAAGCAUCGUUUUGGGCGGUCUUCUUCAUUGUACCGGUCAUCAGUCUCUUUCCCCGGUUCGCGAUCAAGGCGAUUCAAAAGGUCUACUUCCCAUACGACGUCGACAUCAUCCGCGAGCAAGAGCGGCAAGGAAAAUUCUCUCGUCUCACGCAGGGCGACGACGCGACGGUUAUUGGGGAGCAGACGGCGAGUAAGACCCCGUCGAACUCGUCGGUCAGCUCGCGCAAGGGUAAGCAUAUACACUAUGCCAGUGUGGAUGAGGACAGAAGGCCAAUCUAUCCACCUUCAGUUGCAACACACACGACGCACAACCCGCGCAGCCAAAACGGCAGCGAUGGCACCAACUACACGGGCCACCGGCAAUCGAUGGACAUGAUGCAAACGCAGUCCCUCGACAUGACCCCUCCGAUGCGAUCCUCCUUCGAACGACCCCGUCCCUCCUACGAUCGAGCCCGACCAUCCUACGAUCGAAUGCGAGCUUCGAUGGACCGCACACGGGCCAGUUUCGAGGCCAGUAACGACUUUACCUCGGCCGCUCGCCUCUCACGGAUAGAGUCUAGCCAGUCUUACAGCGAUCGUUUCCAUCCUAGACGACUACGGGGUCUGUCAUUGACAAAGAGCGCCAACAUGUAGCGGCUGCUCCAGAUCCCGACCGAAUCGAAUCGAAUUCUCCUUGUACUAUAUCCGGCCUGGCCCUCCCGACAGGGCCGUAUUGUUUCUUUUUGCUGUUUUGUUGAUAUCCCCCGAUGCAUCACGAUCUGCAUGAGCGAUCUACGACAUUCCACCUCUCGCACGCCAGCGACUCGAUGCUUUGUCACCCACACACACUCACACACACGCUCGUCACUACUUUUUUCUGUUUGGUUCCGAAUCCAUUGUGUUUUGUUGGUAUUUUUAUUGUGUAGGGAUUCCUACUGCGACGGCGUUUUAGGAGGACAAAGGGAUGGAAGUCUCGGAAGGCAUUUUUGUGCAAGCUUUGGUGUGCAUCCUAGAAUUGAGAGGGGGGCGCCAGGGACCAGUCCAUGCUGAGGGUGCUGGAUGUUCUUCGUCAGGCCCUAGGGCGUUGUGAGUCUGGGCGGACCAAACAAUGUGAUGGCGCACAGCUCUCGCGCUGUUGACGCUUUUUGUACAUACGCGCGAGCAUGAGAAGGGAAAAGAUGCAAAAAAAAACCAAAACAUAAUAGGGGGAAAGCUUGAAGAUGAGCCACACAGACAGAAGCCAAGUGGUAUUUGAAUUGUUACCAAGACCCGUUUCAACUUUGAGUUCCUUGGGUGUUAAACUUGUGACUCCCCU